ACUACAAAGUGAAAGUUGGAAGGAAUUUCCUGAAAUAUGAUUUAAACAUUAUUUGAUAGAUAUUACAGUUAUCAGAUAGAUAUAAUUUACAGUUAUGGGAGACAUGGAAUUUAACUCGAUGUUAAUCGAUGUUGCAAAGCAUUUAAACGAAGAUGACAUGAAGCGCAUGAAAUUUUUGUGUAAAGAUAUUGUGAAAAAAAGAGACAUGGAAAAGGUGGAAACCCCUUUGGAUUUAUUUACUGAAUUACAGUCAAGAGAAAAACUGACAGUAAAUGACUCAUCUUUCCUUAAACAAAUUUUAAACAAGUGUGAAAAACUUAAUGCUAUCGGAGUAAUUGAACAAUUUGAAAACAACAGAUUAAAUCAUCCUGUAGGAAAUGGUGAGGUUCCAAUGGAUGUUUCACCCGGUGUUAGAAAUCAGGCUUUACAACAAGCUCAUCCUGUAGUCCCACAACCUGUGCAUCAAUCUCAUAAUAGUGCUGCUAGUAGAAGAGAAGAUCCCAUUAUACAACAGCAACUAAAUGCUCUGAGAUCAGAAUUUAAUUUCCUGACGAAGAACCUAAGUAGAGAAUGGAGAUUUUAUCUAAGAGCCUUAGGUAUGGCUGAUGCUGAUGUGGAUAUAGUAGAGACAGAUUACCCAAGAAGUUUGAGAGAUCAGAUUUAUCAAUCAUUGGUAAUGUGGGUUAAAGAGUAUAAAGACAAAGCAACAAAAGCUGAACUCAUCAGAGCUCUAAAGGAUGGAUCUGUGGAAAGAUUUGACUUGGCAUCAAAACUUGAAAAGGGAAAUUACUAAAAUAUUAUCUAAUUUAUAACUAUUUUAUAUCCUAUUCUGUGAUAUUGAAGAAUCUUUCCUUUAGAGAAAAAAUAAUUGUUAUUUUUUUCAAUAUUUUUGCAAACACUAUUGAAGUUGAACCAAUGAAAUGGAAGCCAUUUUUAUACGACCGCAAAAAUUAAAUUUUUUUUGGUCGUAUAUUGGUAUCACGUUGUUGUCGUCAUCAGCAUUGUCCGAAGACAGAUGGUUUCCGGAUAAUAACUUUAGUAUAAGUAAAUAGAAAUCAAUAAAAUUUAAACACAAGGUUUAUAACCACAAAAGGAAGGUUGGGAUUGAUUUUGGGGGUUAU